CAAGUGGCGAGAGCUGUUCUGAUCUGCAUUAUUGUCUUCUGUGUCAUGAGCUUCCCAUGCCAGUCACCUGUUGUGGAGGUGUCCGUCACUGUACAUCUCCACGGAAACUGAGAGACAAGUCCGGAGCGGAGGUUAGGUUGAGCCAACCCUCUGCUGGAGCAAGAGUGAUUGGGGUCACAAUGCUUCGGACUAGCAUGAGUUUGGAGGGGGUGGAAGAGAGAGAUGAGGAACAAGAGGACGAAGGAGAAGAAGACUUGCGAGAUGGAGGGGUUCCCUUUAUAGUGAACCGGGGCGGGUUUCCUGUCAACGAGGAGACUUGGGAGCGUAUGUGGCAGCACAUAGCCCGGAUUCACCCAGACGGCGGGGCAGUGGCGAAAAAGAUUCGGGGAGCCAGUGACCUGCCUAAGAUUCCAAUGCCGAGUGUGCCUACCUACCAGCCAACCACCAGUGUCCCACAACGCCUGGAAGCCAUACAGAGAUACAUCAGGGACUUGCAGUACAAUCACACUGGAACACAGUUUUUUGAGAUAAAGAAGAACAGGCCUCUUACAGCGUUGAUGGACAUUGCCAAGGAUAUGACCCGAGAAUCUCUACCAAUCAAAUGUCUGGAGGCAGUGAUUCUUGGAAUUUACCUCACCAACAGCAUGCCGACUGUGGAGAGAUUCCCCAUCAGCUUUAAGACUCAGUUCUCAGGGAGUCAGUUCCGACACAUCGUACUAGGGGUCCACAGCGGGGGUCGUUUUGGUGCUCUGGGAAUCAGCCGAAGAGAAGACCUGAUGUUCAAGCCACUGGAAUAUCGAACUCUCGCUGACCUGCUGCAGGAGUUCCAGGUGGCCUACCAGGGCUACUGGCAUACGUUGCGAAAAGUGAAGAUUGGCCAGUAUGUCUCCCAUGACCCGCACAGCGUGGAACAGAUUGAGUGGAAGCACUCUGUGCUGGAGGUGGACAAACUGUCCAAGGAGGAGCUGAAGAGAGAGCUGGAGAGACACACCCGUGACAUGAGGUUGAAGAUUGGUAAGCCUGCUCCUCCAUCACCCACCAAAGACAGGAAGAGAGACGUGGGAUCUCCCCUGCGGAACCCUGGCAGCCCGCUGCGGAGGAACAGCCGCAGCGAGAGACGGCCCUCGGGAGAAAAGAAACCUCUGGAGCCGAAGCCCCCUGCAGAUAUGAAUGGGUAUCAGAUCAGAGUGUGAGGACGUUCUCUGUCCCAUAGACGAGAUGAGAGAACUACUGUGUUCUGGGACUCUCAGGCCUCUGAGUGCCUGUAGGAGAUAUGAGUAGGGUAAUGCUUAUGAAUAUAGUGAAGUAGGGAAAUGAUGGUUGUGGGGACAUUGGAUUAAAAACAUUUUCAGAUUACUCUCUGAAAAAUUGAUGUUGAGGAAAUGCAGGGUUUUGGUUAAUAUGCAAUUUGAGAAAAGAAGAAGAAAAAAAAAAACAUCGUUUUGACGUGAAAAAUGGUUUUGAUUACAUUGUAGGUGUGCAAAUUAGACCCAUGAUUUGUACUAUGUUUAAUCAGCCAAGCAUUCCCCAUCUCCACUUAAAGUUUCUGUGACUUUUGAAUGGCUGAAUGCUGGAGUGUGUGCAGUGGGAGGCUUCCGCUGUUCAGUGUAUGUAAAUAUAUGUAAUCUGUCGCCUUG